AUGGCUCCGAACGAUUCCCCAUCGACGCACCCGAAUCCUCCGGUCGAACUGAACGUAAAGCAAGUCGUACUUGGCGACCUAUCGUUCCAGACGUGGUACCAAUCGAUAUACCCCGAAGACCUCGUGAGUAAGGACAAUGAUCUGCUGUACGUCUGUCGCUGGUGUUUUCGGUAUUCCUGUGAUGUCGACGCCUACGUGAAGCACACGCGUACCUGCGAACAUCGGGCGACACCUCUCGGGACACAAGUCUACGACCAUGGAGGGUAUUCGGUGUGGGAGAUUGAUGGGGAGGAACAUAAACUAUUUGCGCAGAAUAUCUCGCUGUUUGCGAAGCUUUUCGUCGACCACAAAUCCGUCUUUUUCGAUGUCGCUUCCUUCCUCUUCUAUAUCUUGACCUUCACCGAUCCCGAUGACCCCAAGAACUACCAUAUACUGGGUUACUUCUCGAAGGAAAAAUUGUCGUGGGAUGCGAAUAACCUGGCCUGCAUUCUGAUAUUCCCGCCGUACCAACACAAACAACUGGGAAAGCUAUUAAUGGGCGUGAGCUACAAACUGAGUGGUUGGGAGCGCGACACGGGUUUGAUUGGAGGUCCAGAGAAACCCCUAAGUGAAAUGGGCCAGAAGAGCUAUGUUCGUUUUUGGGAGGAGCGACUGGCUAGGUACUUUUUGACAUGCUCACACGAGCAUGAUGACUCGGAUGAAUCGCAGCCGCAGCAACAGAAAGGAAAGAACUCCAAGAGUUCCCGGAAAAAGCACCCUCAAGAACGGAUAUCUGUCCAGGAACUUGGCCAAGCGACAGGCAUGUUGGCUGAGGACGUGAUUACCACCCUGAAAAGUAUGGGAGCUGCUGAACCCGAUACGAAGACCCCGAAAUCUAAACAGACACAAUCAUAUGCAGAGACAGAAGAAGACAAUGGUCAGGCGGUUAUUAUUCGAAAAUCCAAAGUGUUGGAUUGGGCCAAGGCUCAUAAACUCACUCUGAGAGAUCCUGUACGAGAAGAAGGAUUCCUGGGUGAUUAUGCCCUGACGAGCAUGCCGGAAGAAAGCACGAUAGAAAUUCCAGACGAGGAUGAAUAA